AUGGAAGAAACUUUAAAAUCUGAUGUUAAUCCUUCUAAUAUAUCUUUAUUAAACAAUUUAGUUACUGCUAGAGGUAAAUAUGAAGUGGCUGCAAAUAAUUGUGAUACUUUUUUGAGAGACAAAGCUAGGCUAAAUUGGAUCAAGGAUGGUGAUGUGGAUACUAAAUUCUUCAAUACUAGUAUAAAAAUGAUAGAAUCUCAAAAUACAAUUACUGAGUUGGAGAAUGCUUCUGGUGAUAUUAUAACUACUCAACAGGGUACUUAUGAUCUUUUAAUUGAAUACUUCAAAAAGAAAUUUGAAUAUCAGUCUGUUCAGAUUAAUGACUCAAUUUUUGAUGUUGUACCUCAAAUUAUUUCUGAUGCUGACAAUCUUUUUUUGGAAGGAUGUCCUGAUGAAGAUGAAAUCAAGAAAUUUGUUUUUAAUCUGAAUGCUGAUAGUGCACCAGGUCCUGAUGGAUAUACUGGAGUUUUCUAUAGAGCAGCUUGGGACAUCAUCAAAAGAAACUUAUUGGAUGUUGUUCAGUUCCGCUGGAAAAAUAACAUGAUUCCUAGUGGUAUGAAUUCCAAGUUUCUUGUCUUGAUUCCUAAAAUGAAAGGGGCUAACAAUGCUAAAAGCUUUAGACCAAUUGGCCUUAGCAACUUCUGCUUUAAAAUUAUCACUAAGAUUAUUACUGAGAGACUUACUAGUUAUCUGCAAAGUCUUGUUUCUCAGCAACAAUAUGUUUUUAUUAGAAUAGGAAAAUUCAUGAGAAAAUCUUAG